AUGCAAGAAAAAGUUCUUUCGGGGAUUGAUCAUGAUGUCCUCUCCGUAAUGGAAUUAUGGACUGUGACUAUCGAUAUCAAGCUAGCUGUCUGCGAUAGCUCUGUGCCUUUUGAAGUGACAUAUGAUGGUUAUAUUGAGCAAUUUCGAACCGUGAUCGAAAUGGCGGAAUCACUGCUGCAAGAUAGCCCCGGGGAAGUCUUGCCGGCGAUUAUCAUCCAAACCUCCCUUGUGCCUGCUCUUCUCUGGUGUGGAGUGAAGUGUCGUAAUCGUUCAAUGCGAUCCGAGAUUGUGCGACUUUUAGAUAAAGUGAAGGGGCACAAUGCUGCGAUAUGUGUCUCACUGAUGGCACUACAGAAGGUCAUUGAAUACGAAUCAGGAGAUGCGAAGCUGGAGAAUCCCAUUCCAGAGGCAGCUCGUCUCGGCUCUAUAAAGCUCAACAUUCAACCGGGGCAAGACCAAGUUGACCUCUGGUAUCGCAAAGGUCAACUGGAUCCCCACCUACACGAUGAUGAUAAUCCAUGGGUACAUAAUAACAUAUCUGUUAACUAG